AUGGUCGACAAGGUGGUGCGCACCGUGGCGACGCUGCUCGGAAACUCCAGCGUGUGGAAGAUUGCGAAGACGAUCGAGUCAACCACGGGGGACCUGGCGGAGCGCUACUUGACGCCUGAGAAGGCUUUCGGGGGAGAAGGGAAGAGCUGGCUGGUGAACUCCCUCAAAGUCCACAAGGAGGGUGGAGGCAAGCAGGAAGCUGAAGGGGCACAGCAGGGGAGCACUUACGCAGACUGCGUGAAGCUGUGCCGCAAAUUCGCCAAGGACUGCGUGGACAACCUGAACGACUGGCUGGAUGAUCUUGGGAAGCUGGGGCCGACUAAGCUGUUCCGGGCGGCGAAAUGGCCAAAGAUCAAGGCUCAGCGGGAGAAGAAGUGUAAGGAGUGGCUGAACGGAUGCAGCAGGCUGUUCCGCAACAAGCUGCCGGGAUUCGACCUCAAAGCAGCAGAGAGGGAGCUCCCGACCUUCUGCGCCAUCAUGGAGAGCCACCAUGAGAUGGAGAGCUUCACCCAGGGCCUGUCCAACUUUCUCGGGAGUCCAGACUCAAAGAGGAGGCGCCCUGCGAAGAGCUUGAAGCUGGCUGUGGCAGAGAGGGAGAGGAAGGGGAAGCAGAAGGAGGGUGAAGAUGUGGCUGCCGGACAUGCUGGAGAGAACGAGGAUGAGGUGGAGGAGGAGGAGGACGAUGAGGUGGAGCAGGCCUUCGGCAACGAUCAGGAGGUCGUGGAGGAGGAAGAAGUGGAAGACAAUCCAUUCCUGUCGGACGAUGAGGACGUGGAGGAGGUGUACUUCAUUGACAAGCCUGUGCACUAG